UGUCCCCUCCUUGCCUCGGCCGCCUCGCGGCUCUCCAGUGCCUCGACUCCGCCGCCCUUCCUCUCCGCUCUCAAAUCUAAGGACAACGCGCUCGCUGCCGCCGCCGCCCUCUCGGCGCUCCCAUGAUCGCCUGGUGCCUUUCGGCUGUGCGAGGCCUCCACAGAGUUGGUGGUUCCAAGAUUUUACUCAGAAUGACUUUAGGAAGAGAAGUGAUGUCUCCUCUUCAGACAAUGUCUUCCUUUACUGCAGCGGGCAGAAACAUUUUAAGAUGGGAUCUGUCACCAGAGCAAAUUAAAACAAGAACUGAGGAGCUCAUUGUGCAGACUAAACAGGUGUAUGAUGCUGUUGCAAUGAUUGAUAUUGAGGAAGUAACUUACGAGAACUGUUUGCAGGCACUAGCAGAUGUAGAAGUGAAAUAUAUAGUGGAAAGAACCAUGCUAGACUUUCCCCAGCAUGUCUCCUCUGACAAAGAAGUACGGGCAGCAAGUACUGAAGCAGACAAAAGACUUUCUCGUUUUGAUAUUGAGAUGAGCAUGAGAGAAGAUAUAUUUCAGAGAAUUGUUCACCUACAGGAAACCUGUGAUCUGGGGAAGAUAAAGCCUGAAGCCAGACGGUACUUGGAAAAAUCAGUUAAAAUGGGAAAAAGGAAUGGGCUCCAUCUUCCAGAACAAGUUCAGAAUGAAAUCAAAGCAAUGAAGAAAAGAAUGAGUGAGCUGUGUAUUGACUUUAACAAAAACCUCAAUGAGGAUGAUACCUUCCUUGUAUUUUCCAAGGCUGAACUUGGUGCUCUUCCUGAUGAUUUCAUUGACAGUUUAGAAAAGACAAAUGAUGACAAGUAUAAAAUUACCUUAAAAUAUCCACACUAUUUUCCUGUCAUGAAGAAAUGUUGUGUCCCUGAAACCAGAAGGAAGAUGGAAAUGGCUUUUAAUACAAGGUGCAAAGAGGAAAACACCAUAAUUCUGCAGCACCUACUUCCACUGCGUGCCAAAGUAGCCAAACUACUUGGCUAUAGCACACAUGCUGACUUUGUACUUGAAAUGAAUACUGCAAAGAGUACAAGCCGUGUAAUAGCCUUUCUUGAUGAUUUAAGCCAGAAAUUAAAACCCUUGGGCGAGGCAGAACGAGAGUUUAUUUUGAAUUUGAAGAAAAAGGAAUGUGAAGAGAGAGGUUUUGAAUACGAUGGAAAAAUCAAUGCCUGGGAUCUACAUUACUACAUGACUCAGACAGAGGAACUCAAGUACUCUCUAGACCAAGAAAUCCUCAAGGAAUACUUCCCAAUCGAUGUGGUAACAGAAGGCUUGCUGAGCAUCUACCAGGAGUUGUUGGGACUUUCAUUUGAGCAAGUACCAGAUGCUCACGUUUGGGAUAAAAGUGUUACACUUUACACUGUGAAGGAUAAAGCUACAGGAGAAGUGUUGGGACAGUUCUACUUGGACCUCUAUCCAAGGGAAGGAAAAUACAACCAUGCAGCCUGCUUUGGUCUCCAGCCUGGCUGCCUUCUCCCUGAUGGGAGUCGAAUGAUGUCUGUGGCUGCCCUUGUGGUGAACUUCUCACAGCCAGUAGCAGGUCGUCCCUCUCUCCUGAGGCACGAUGAGGUGAGGACUUACUUCCAUGAGUUUGGUCAUGUCAUGCAUCAGAUUUGUGCACAGACUGAUUUUGCACGAUUUAGUGGAACAAAUGUGGAAACUGACUUUGUAGAGGUGCCAUCACAAAUGCUUGAAAAUUGGGUAUGGGACAUUGAUUCUCUCCGAAGACUGUCAAAACAUUAUAAAGAUGGAAGUCCUAUUACAGAUGAUCAGCUGGAAAAACUUGUUGCUUCUAAACUGGUCAACACAGGUCUUCUGACCCUACGCCAGAUUGUUUUAAGCAAAGUUGAUCAGUCUCUCCAUACCAACGUAUCACUGGAUGCUGCGAGUGAAUACGCCAAAUACUGCACAGAAAUUUUAGGUGUUUCAGCUACUCCUGGCACAAAUAUGCCAGCUACUUUUGGACAUUUGGCAGGGGGAUAUGAUGGCCAAUACUAUGGAUAUCUUUGGAGUGAAGUUUUUUCCGUGGACAUGUUUUACAGCUGUUUUAAAAAAGAAGGGAUAAUGAAUCCAGAGGUAUGUUUCAUUUUAUUAGGUUGGAAUGAAAUACAGAAACCUAAUCCUGAAACCUGGGGGAUCUCUGGACGGCAUGGACAUGCUCCAGAAUUUCUUGAAACGUGAGCCAAACCAAAAAGCGUUCCUAAUGAGUAGAGGCCUGCAUGCUUCAUAAACUGGGGAUCUUUGGUAGCAGUCCAUGUCUGGAGGACAAGUCGACAUCACCAUGUGUUACUGGCCUAGAAACUGAAGGGAGUUUGUGAAUCAAAAUUUAAAUUUCUAUUGACUUUGUUUUGUUUUUCAAUUUUAAAAAUGAUACAGAUGUAAAUGGAAUAACAAAUACUGUGACCUAAGACCGCUAGAAAAUAAUUGUACUAUAAAAUUUCAUUAAAAUGGAUUUGAUUUCUUUUUAUAAAAGUUUCAUAUGAAUGUAAUUUGGUUUUUUUACUAUGAUAAUCUAGAUAAUGUAAUGUAAGAGGGCUAAGAAUUUUUAAAUUGAAUCAUAUACAUUAUAUAAUUUGAUCCUUCUUGUAUUUUGAAGUUUUGUACUUGGGAUUUCUGAACUGAUACAUGAAUCACUACAUAUUCCUCUGGUAAAUACUUUCUUGGACCCUGCAUCAAGUUUGAUUUUCAUUCAUACAGUACAGUGUGACCUCUUUGUCUGCACACCUUAGGGCCUGGGGAAUAUACCUCAGUAAUGCAUUUAUCUUUGUCUAUGAGGCCUUGUGAUUUCCAACUUUCUGCCACACUUGAAUUAUGUGCCUCUGUUUAGGUUUGUCUUUUCUGUCUAUAGCCCAGUCAGAAAGUAAGAAACAAUUACGAGUUUUAACUGAACUGGCCUAAUGUAUAGAGCAAGUUUUAUAUUGUAGUAGAGGAUUAGCCCAUUCUCACUGCCAUAAUCAAGACUGUCGCUUUUUGAAAUUUUUGCCAGAUUAAAACACUAAAGCAAGUCCAAGGAUAUUUUUCUAUUUUUCCUUCUUAAAUAAGUGAUAGGGACUUUGCCUCUUUUACUGCCCCCCUCACCCAAACUGUCAGGUAGACAUGUCACAAAUGGCUAUUUAGGAUGCCAUAGGAAGAAAGCUCAGUUGAGGUACAGUACAAAGAGUUGUGAAACUCCAGAAGAGAGUAGGUUCUGGACAGAAGUGUUUGAAGCCAGCUGUUGAGACCCCAUGGGGAAGAGACUCUUCAGUAGCCUGUUUUGUCUGGUGAUUUUUUUUAAGUGAACCUUUGGAUCGCUCUAUAACUCUGUGUACUAUAAGCCCAAGUUCAAAUUUGCAGCGGACUAGUAAACUCACAGUACUUGUUUUUCCUCUAGGAAUCUGUUCAAAACGGAAGCCAAGACAGGAUAAUCCAAAAACAAAGCAAACCAAGAAAAAAAAAACCUUUGAAUGUAUUUUGCAUAGAUCUUCUAGUCGCUUCCCAGUGUGUAUCUGAGGUGUUAUUUUACUGGCCAAGGACAAAAUUAGAACCUUCCUAUCCUUUUGUCCAAAUAGACUUUGAUUUUACUAAGAAUUAUUAUGCUAAGUAAUAAAAUUAUAGAUAACAGGAAAAGUGAAGAGCUCUAGAGACUCAGAAGGAAAUUCUAAGAUUAUUAAAAAAAUAUUAUUGCUAAACAAAUACCUUAAACUUCCACAUGAAAUCUUACCUCUCUCCUGAGACAAUUUGUCCAGGCCUUCUCUCCCCCACAUUCAAUUCAGUGUCACCUUCUUUGGUCCCUAAAGCUGUUUUUGUUGUCUUAGCAACCUGUAAUCACUUACUUGUAUCUUCGUUUUUAUUGUUGUUGUUUAGACUGUUCUGUUUCUAGUUUCAACGAAAACUCUCUUCAGCUUUUUCUAUCACCCAAUGUGUCACAUCAACGAUAACUUUAUCAUGUUAAAUCCUAACUUAUUUCACAUGGAAAAAUUAAUAACUGCUGCACACAAUAAAGCUACAGUAUCAUCCAAGAAAAUGAACUCAUAUUUCUUUAAUAAUUUAAUGUUAAAAUCGAAAUGCAUAUGAGAGCAAAAGCACUAUGGCAUUCUUUUUAUUUAGGGUCCAUAUCUAAUAUUUAAAAUCUACCAAAGAACAGCAACAAAAUUAAAUUUUCACACAAAAAAGUAUUCUUUAGCAUAAUUCAAAAGAACUUUUUUUUUUUAAAACCUUUUUGAUAGUGGCCAUCCAUCUGCUUGCUUUUCUGUUUUGUUUUUUUCAAUCAGAACAUAGGUGUCAUUGAGGCUUCCUGAAUAGUGGAUAGCUAUAAAAAUUGUAAUUGGGCAAACUUCAGAUAUAUGGACUGGGCCACAUGUAAUAAUGUCUGUCUUGCUUAGUGAUCCACACAGUUCAUGCUUCAGGUCUUCAGGGUCUUGUUAUUUUGCUAAGGGUAAGUUCUUAAACAUCUUCUGCUAGUAAUAAUAAAUCAGGCAUGAUUCCUAGAGGUUUAAUUUUAAGAUACUUCAGAGAAGAGAAAAAAAAAGACCUGAUGUUAUGCUACCUAAUACAGAUUUUUUUCCCCCUCUAGUAUAAAUGUUGCAUAUUUCCAAGAUAAAUAACAAAAACUAUUGUUAAGCAUGGAAACCCUGGUGGCAUAGUGGUUAAGUGCUAUGGCUGCUAACCAAGAGGUUGGCAGUUCAAAUCCACCAGGCACUCCUUGGAAACUCUAUGGGGCAGUUCUACUCUGUCCUAUAGGGUCACUAUGAAUUGGAAUCAACUGGAAGGCAGUGGGUUUGGUUUUGUUCCGGAUUGUUAAGAGUUAUUAACGCCAAAAUUGUGCCUUUCAAAAAAAAAAAAAAAAAUUUUUUUUUUUUUUUAAAGCUAGUAUGAUUAAAGAUGGAUACCUGUAGCUCUUUAGACUUAACAAACUACAUUGUAUAAAAAACGUUGUAUAAGAGGUUAAAAUUGAGAAAAUAGCUUUUUAAAGAAAAAUACUGAUAUGUUUUUGUACUUUUAAAAGCCUUAACAGAGAAUGACUUAAUUUUCUAUUUUGCCCGUACCCUUUGUGUAUGAAUUAAAUGUACGUGGAGAUUCUGCCCCCCCACUGGAUUAGCUGGUUUAUGUAUGGCCAUUUUUUUCUUUUUUUCUCAUUCACAAGAAGAAAUUUCCGUGCUCUGAGGAAAUUGCAAUAAAAUACUAAUCCCUCAAACCGGAUUUAAGCUUAGUUAACUAAGCCCCAAACAGUGUUAAAAGAGAAACCCUAUCUCUUUUGAAUAGACGUAGAAACCAAACUGCUCUCUUCCCUUAAGACACCUAUCUCUCAUCUGAAUUUGGAUAGCCCCUCGCAAUUGAAUAUGUCUUGUUUUAUGAAUAUUUGGUGAGAAUAAAAGCAAAAAAGACACACAUUUUCAUUUUCUUUGAAAAACAAUGUCCAAAGUUAAAUUUUCAGUUAUCUUUAGUGGGGAAAUUUUCAUUGGAAGCAAAUCCACCUAGUUAAGAGAUAAUCUAAUAUCAAGUUUACCAAGGUAAAUGGUAAGAAUUUAUCAAAUGUAAAUACUAGAUCAAAAUAGUCUUUCCCAACAUACCCACAGAAACGGUAUAAUUAGAGGCUUUGUAAAAAAAAAAAAAAAACUGUUAAAGACUGAGGCAAUGAACACAACCUCUCCCACCCUCACCAGUGUGUGAUUCUUGAGUUUUUAUUUGGUCGGAUUCACCUUGUCAUUCCCUUUCCUGAUAAAAUAAAGGCCUGAUGCAUCUGAAGUUAAGUCCCCGUUACUAACCUCUGACUUAACAGACAACUGGUACUUGCCCUUUAACGUUAGUAAAUUUGCCCUUACUUUGAAACGAUUGAACCAACCCCUAAAAAUUCAUCAUCACAGUCACCUUCGCUUGCUGCACAUGCAGCUUUUAAAUCAUUGGCUUCGAGCCUUUUCUUGCACUAAAAAAAAAAGAGCCCUUUGCCAUCAAGUUGUUUCCAACUCAUAACAACCCCAAAGGACAGAGUGGAACUGCACCACCAUGACUCCAAAAAGAAAAGGUAAGGCUAAAUAAGAACCUUAUGCAUGUGUUCCAACUUACCUGCAAAUUCUUAAAGACACACUUAGGAACAGAUCUCAUUUGUAACCUGAGGACUACUUGUAUUUAUGUACAAGAAAAGGGAAGGGGUGAAUCUAAAACAAGCUCUCUUGUUUCUGCUCACAUGAGCUGGCACCACUCUAGCUGCUUAUUUCAUAAAGUCUGGAGGCUCACCUAAACUUUUACUCUCUUCAUAAAACGUCUCUAGCAUUAGUAAUGGGAGAAGUUUGGAGGGCGGAGCCAGCAUGGUGCUCUAGACAGUGAUGAGAGAAGCUGUAUGGCUAAGAGUGGUUUAAAGAAACAGUGUUCAUUGAAACCAACAAGAUACUCGACAUCUUUAUUGACAUCUUUGUGGCUAAGAUGGAGGAUAUGACUGGGUGAUAGUGGAGCCAGGUAGAUUCCUAGCUACUGAAACAUCCCUGCCUGAGGGAGUCGAAUAGUGAUUCAGUGUUUUGGACAAAGACACAAGGAAUUCCAUAGAAAGGUAUUAUUGAAUGUACAGAUAACAGCUGGAAUGGUUACAUAGGGUAACAUUAUUAAGAUAUAAAAUCAUUUCAAUGGUGAGACAAAUUUAAGGUGAAAUGGGACUCAUCCUGUUGCCACAGUAAAAGAAAGGGUGUUAGUGGUUUGAACCGUGUCCCCAAAAAAUGUGUAUUGAAAUCCUGGCCUCCCCAUACCUGUAAAUGUUAUCCUGUUUGGAAAGAGGAUUUUCUUUGUUACGUUAUCUAGAAUAUUCCUGAGUAAACACCAAACCCAUUGCCAUGAAGUGAAUUCUGACUCAUGGUGACCCUAUAGGACAGAGUAGAACUGCCCCUAUAGGGUUCCCAAGGCUGUAAUCUUUACAGAAGCAGAUUGCCACAUCUUUCUCCCGUGGAGUGGCUGGUGGGUUUGAAUUGCGAACCUUUUUGCUAGUAGCCGAAUACGUAACCACUGUGCCACUGGGACUCCUUAUACCUCAGUAGGUGGAUUCUAAAUGUAAUCAUUUCUGAGUUAUAAAAACAGCGGAAUGAGCACAGAGACACAUGUGGGAAAAGACAGAUGCCAUGUGAUAAUUGUCUACAAUCCAAGGAACGCCCAGGAACCAAGGAAUGCCCAGGGCUACCAACAAGGAAAGGAUCGACACCACCAAGAACCUGAUUUGGACUUUUAGCCUCCAUAAGUGUGAGAAAAUUAAUUUCUGCUCUUUAAAGCCACCAUUUGUGCUAUUUGUGUUCAAGCAGCACUAGGAAAUUAAGACAAGGGGAAACCUGACUUGAUAGUGGUAUUUGGGGAGGAAAAAAGACCUGGCAGUUAAUUUCACCAAAUUCCAAAUAAAACCCACAGUACAACACACCUAGGAGGAAAGAACUAAAGCCUUUUAAAAGUGUGCUGAUACAAGCAAGUGACCAGAUCAAAAGAAUAAACCCUCUGUACUCUGAUAUGGUAAGAUCAGUCACGGCUAGAAUAUCAUGUUCCAUUCUAGCUGCCACGUUAUAAGCUGACUUUGGCCAAGUAUAGAGUGUUCGGACGAGCAGGAACAGGAUGGCAGUGACUUUGAAAAUAUUUUUCAAGAGGAAUACAUAAAACAUUUCUGGAAAUUCAGUCUGAAGAUGAGAAAAUUCAGAAAUACAUGUGAUAGCUGUUUUCAGAUACUUAAAGGGUAUGGUAGAGGGAGUAGAUGUAUUCUGCGUUGCUUUAAAAGGCAAAGCUUAGAAAAAUGGUUGGAAGAGGUUUCUAAUAUCACUGCUUAACGGUAGAUUCUGCAGCUGUUAACGGUAUUCAGCCAAAACCUGUGACUGCCACAGAUGCUACAGAGGGAAUUCCUCCUUUGAUUAGACAUUAGUCCCAGAUCAACUUUGAAGACUCCUCCAAAGCUUAAGAUGAUUGGAAAAACAUCACUCAGGUGAAACGUUUAUAUUACUAGAUCUCAGAAAUGGCAUUUAGGUGGUUGCAACUCCCUCUUAAUGUAGCUUCCUUUACCGUUUAAGUGCUAUCUUCCCACCUAUAAUCAACCAGAGCUUAUCCAGAGGUGAAUUAUCAGUCGUCCUGUGGGUAAUUUGGGAGCUGAGGAUGGAAGAGUAACAGUUGUUUGUGACUGUAUAUAUAAUGAAGCCAAAACACCCAUUGCCAUUGAGUCGAUUCCAACUCAUAGUGACCAAGGAGUCUUAGAGAAUGAAUAAAGGCUAGUUUUCUUCCCUUAGAGGAGUUACAGUUGCUCUCUGCCCAUUCCACCCACCACUGUCUUCAUCACACAUACACAAAGGCAAAAAUCUGACUCGAGAGCCCAGGUUUAUUAUGCACAUACCCUACCAUAUUGUGAUCUCUUUGAGUCAUUGUUUCUAUCCUCUGUCCUACACAGUCUUUGACUCAUAGUAAAUAACUCAUCGAAUUUGUAAAAUAAGUAUACCUUCUUUAAAAUUAUCUUUUGCUAUAAAGAUGCAUUUUUCUAAAGUGACUGCAAAAUGUCUAAUUUGAAAAUGAAUCUAACUCCACAUAGAGAAGGACUUUUCCAUCUGCUAGGGACAGAUUUCUACAUGAAAGGUCCCUUUUCCUUAGUGUACUGAAAGGGCUUCCGCAUGAAGGCAAUGAAAGAAACAUGCUUUUGUAAAAGAAAAGUUGCGGGGGGAGCGGUGUAGACAGCGUUUCCAAAAGAUCCCUCUACUACUUAGUCUAAAUUUACAAAUUCUUAAUCUAGAAUUUCUGGUUCCCUAGGAGGGAGGGUCUAUGAAAAACGCAGGGGAAGAAGAUGUCUCAUGACUACCCUGAAUUAAAAUUUUGGUGUACAUGGAUCUGUUUAUUUUUCUGAAGAGAAGGUGCUUAGCUUUAUCAGGAAAACUUAAUAACUGUCUUAACCAAUUUGUUUUCAAACUUUUGUUUUUGAAUUCAGUUCACAAACCAUUUGUAAAAUGUCCAUGGUGCAUCUGGCACUGUGCUUGGCACUGAGGAUACAAAAAUGACAAUGCCGAACUUAAGUUGCUCAGUGUAGUGGGGAAGGCAAGUAAGUUCAUAGUACGUAAAGAUAAAUUAUAAAAGUACGUAUAUAAAGCUUCUCUGUUCUUUUUCCAAAACAGUGGCUGACUCAAUUAUGCAAUUACACCUUUGUGUCACAAAAUCGUAUAUGGUUACCAUGCCACCUGCCACCACAGACCUUUAUUUUUAUCAAAAUAGUUGCUUUUCUCUUUUCUACAUUUCACCAGAAAAGCCUAAGUGGAGUUCUUCCAUCUCUGUUAUAUCCAGGAAUUUCUUUGGUCCUGUGGUUAAAGGGCUCACAAAGAAGAGAGGAAAAUAUUCACUUCAACUAUUUUUAUGUAUUGUGGUCAAAUGCUUAUAAACCUAUAGCCGUUAGAGGAAUAAUAGGGGCCUCAUCUUGGCCUGAUAAGCAUUAUAUACCUAAGAGUUACUGGUGCAUCCUGUCAAUCUAUGAUACAGUCAAUCUCUUAACAACUAAUUAAGUGGAUGAAUAAAAGAUGGAAAAAAACAGGAUCUGGGACUGGACUUUAAACUUGCACCCCAUUUUUUGCAUUUCCUCAAUCAUAUAUUUCAGAGAGCUCCUUUAUGUCUGUCCAUCAGACCCGUGUAUUUAUUUUCUUGGAUUUCAUUUAUUUGUAUAAUUAUUUAAAUUUUUUAUGAGAUAAUAAGUGCACAUAUUACACAAUGCAAAGGGUACAAAAAAUAUAGAUAGUGAAAAUUAAGUCUCCCUCCCAUCCUUGUCCCUUAGGUACCCAGUCACUUCCCCAGAGGCAACCAGUUUUUUUUUUUAAUAUCUUUCCAGAGAUAUUCUACACACAUAUAAAAUCAUAUAUCCUCCUCAGCCCCAAGCAGUAGCAUUCUAUACACAUUGUUUUGUACCUUCUUUAUCAGUAUUUAGAGAUCUGGCACAUUUUAAUUGAUGAUUGCCUAAUAUUCUCUUGGAGCCCUGAUGCACAGUGAUUAAGAGCUAUCACUGCUAACCAAAAGGUCGGCAGUUCAAAUCCACCAGCCGCUCCUUGGAAACCCUAUGGGGAAGUUCUACUCUGUCCUAUAGGGUCACUGUAAGUCUGAAUCAAUGGCACCGGGUUAGUUUGUAUUGGUUAAUACCCCAUUGUAUAAAUGUACCGUAAUUUAAUCAAUCCCCUACUGAUGGCCAUUUAGAUUGUUUUCAUUCUUAGAACGUUACAAAUAAUGCUGCUAUGAUUAUCCUUGUAAAUAGGUCAUUUUCCACAUUUAAAAAAUAAUUUUUUUAAGUAAAUUGCUGGUUCAAAGGAUAGAGGCAUUUUAAAUGUCAAUAAAACCCACUGCCGUCGAGUCGAUUCCGACUCAUAGCAACCCUACAGGACAGAGUAGAACUGCCCCAUAGAGUUUCCAAGGAGCGCCUGGCAGAUUUGAACAUCCAACCUCUUGGUUAGCAGCUGUAGCACUUAACCACUACGCCACCAGGGUUUCCACAAUGUCAAUAGAUACUGUCAAAUUAGAGCCGUGUUUUUUAAUGUUGCUUACCAGAGCGACACUGAGGCAUUUACUAAAGGUAAAUGAAGAAAGUGAUGAUAGCAAACAAAGCAAAAACUCUCUGGCUUGGUAUUUACAUUGCUUUCUUCACCAUGAGGACUAAAGGUUACUUCUUUUAGAAAGUGGUAGGACUGAUUCCAGACAGGAAUUUUCUCUCUCUCCCUUAAUGAUUGAGUAGGUACUAAAAGGACUGCAUCCCACAACAAGGUAGUCACCAGUCCCUUUGUAUUCAGGUCAAAGUGGGAAAAACCAAAAGGUUGAUUUUGUGACCCCCUUCCCAAAUCAGAUCCCUUUCUAUGGUCUUAAACAUUUGUGUGACUGACAAGUAGGACUUCUGUUAUAAUUCACAAUGCUGUCACUGUUCUAAACAUGCACAUGGCCUACUCUGUCUCAGCUGCAAUUAUAAAAUCUUCAGCCAGAGACUAUUAUCCUCUGUUUAGUUCAGUCAGGACACAGUUUGGGGUCAGUGAAUUUCCAACUGGGAUCAGGUGGCAAUAGAGAAAUUUCUCAGACAUUGUCCAUGAAGCCUAUCUACACCCUGCUGUGUUUCCCCCUUUUUGGGGCCACCUAAUCUGAAGCCCUGGUGGUACAGUGGUUAAAAGCUUGGCUGCUACCUAAGAGGUUAGCAGUUCCAAUCCACCAGCCACUCCUUGGAAACCCUGUGGGGCAGUUCUACUCUGUCCUAUAGGGUCACUAUGA